ACGUGUAUAAACUAUAAUGAAAUUAAUUUAACGAACUUUUUUUCAUCAUGAAGCAUACAUUUUAUUUUGUUCUUCUGUUUCCGAUUAUCUUUCUCAUCUCACAUUGCAAUGGUGUCUUUUAUUGUGAUCAAAUAAAUGGCGUCAAAGAGUGUGACAUAGGAGCUUGGUUACAGUGGAAUAGUUGUACACAUUCAUGCGGAGGGGGUAGCGCUAAAAGGUUCCGAAAAUUGUGCUGUUCGCCUAGUUAUAAUUCAUAUAACCAAUGUGCCCUUAACUGCAAUAAAACCCUAUCUUCUUUGCAAGAAACAAGAACAUGCGGUCAAACUUGUAUCCAAGGCUACUUUAACGUAUCUCAAAAUAGCUGUCAGUGCUCAGGCAAUUAUACUGGGGACUGUUGUCAAACACUAAAAGCCGAUAUAUCUACUACUACUGGAUCAACGAAUGGUAUAGCAUGGAAGAUCCCAUUGAUAUGUGUAGCUGUUAUUGUAGCAUGCGUUGGAAUUGGAUGUCUUAUCUGGUUUUUGGUUAAAAGAUAUAAGAAGAACAUGAACAAUGAUAACAUUCAUCCAACAGAUGAUAGUACUACUGAGUAAUAGUAGCAGAUAAAUGGGAAAUCAUGUAAACUCCGAACUUUGUAG